AGUUCGAUCUCGAGACUGGGAGUUUAAGAGGAGCCUGUUAGCGGUACAAACGUCAUGGAUGUUCGCUACGAGCAAUAUGUAGGAGAAGAGCGAGAUCUGGAAGCCAUGAUGACGCUGGUCGAUCAGGAACUUAGCGAACCCUAUAAUAUUUAUACAUUCCGUUACUUCCUCGAGACCUGGCCGCAUCUUUGCUUCUUGGCAUAUCCUGCUCAAGAAGAUGCUGGAGCGAUCUCAUCUCUGCAGCAACCAAUAGCUUGUGUGAUAAGUAAACAAGAAUCGCACAAAGGCAAACGGAGUCGUGGCUAUAUAGCCAUGCUAAGCGUAGAGCGAUCUUGGCGUCGGAAAGGGAUAGCACGGAAACUGGUCGAGAUGACCAUCGAAGCCAUGCGAGAGCAAGAUGCUCAAGAGGUCAUUCUGGAAACAGAAUAUGAUAAUUUGGCCUCCCUAACCCUGUACGGUUCUCUGGGGUUCUUCAGAGAAAAGAGGCUACACCGGUUCUACCUCAACGGGAAGGAUGCAUACCGGCUCGUACUGCCUUUGCCAUCACAAGACACCGACGAUGAAGAUUCUGGAGCGAUCAGCGAUAGUCAAUCCGAAAAGAGUCUGGCUAGAGCGAGACUUUCCAGCGCAGCCGAUUGGGUGAUUGCCAACGGUGAAGAAACGGUAUCCACCCAAGAUAUCGAACGACAUAGUCGGGCAGGAGGAGAGUACUUGUCAGAUAAAGGCCACAAUACAAAGAGGGAGAUUGCAUCGAUUCUGGAGGGGAUCAACCGGACAGACAUCGCUUGAACAAGAGCAUGCAUGCUAGACCUAAAUGUAUAAUACCUUCACUACCGGACGUCUAUUUGACGAUACAACGAAAAUGUUCGCAGCACAUAGAAACCGAUAU